AUGGAGCAAAGCAAAGAAAAACCAGAGAGCCGAAGUUCUGGUGACCAGUCAGUGGAUAUUCUCUUAGGUGAAGCCAACCACUUGGUGACGAAGCACCUCGAUUUGCGAAGGGCAAGCCUGACGCGGUGCCCCCCCGUCCUCGUGUGCUGCGCUCGCACACGCCUGUUUCGGCACGACGCCGCCAGGUGGCUCGCCAGUGCGCGAUGCUCGCGCUGCCGGGCGGUCGCAGCAGCGGCAGCAGAGCAGGCGGCGACGGCGGCAGCCAUGGCCACGCGCUCCCACUGUGCGCUCGCGGCUGCACUGCUGGUGGCGAUGGCGGCGACUAGCACACAGUCGCCUCACGGAGAGGGAGACGGUCGCGUCGUCGACGGCAGCCCCUCCGCGCUCGGCCAGUUCCCACACCAGGCUCUCGUCCUCGCCGACGGGCUGUACUUGUGCGGCGGGUCGCUCAUCACCAGAACCGCAGUCCUCACCGGCGCCUUCUGCACCGUCGGACGUAAGAAGUUUACCGUUAAACUGGGAAGCGUUCAUCGGGAUAAGAACGAGACCACAUCCUGGAUCGUGGUUGCGCACUGGGCUGUAGCCCACCUGGACUACAAAACGGAGGGCUAUUUGAGCCAUAAUGUGGCUGUUAUAUUCCUGCCCGAGAAAGCUCCUCUCAGCAUCGAGGACCAUUCUGAGACUCUUCAGUAUAAUGUGGUGACGGUUAUUCCCAAUGCAGUAUGCGAACAGAAGUUCGAACCAGGAUUCAUUCUUGAAAGUACGCUAUGUGCCGGAAACGAAAACAGAGGCAUCUGCAGUGGCGACCAUGGCGGACCCCUUGUCCUCAAGUCCAAAGAUGGCUACAAGCAGAUCGGCAUCGCCAGCUUCUACUAUGAGAAGUGUGAAGUACCUCUACCUGGUGGCUACUCCAGGGUAACAUACUUCCUCAACUGGAUCACAAGAACUGCUCAAAUCAGUGUCACCUGA